UACUUCGGGGACUGAACGGGUAUUAAGAGGGGCUUAUUUAGUUUGGGUCAAUCAGAAGUGGUUGCAGUUAUCGUAAGUUCUGCAUUUCUCGUGAGCCUGCUGUAUUCAACAUCUUGGUUGGCGUUUUGUUUGUAGCCAGCUGCAAUUUGUCCUGGCCAGUCCUGUCAGUGUCUGUCGUGGUGCACACACUCUAGUGUGCAUAGGAUUCUGGAAGUUUAAGAAACAGGACUGAAUUCACACAACACACUACUCAGCUCUGGCUUUUGGUGAAGUUGGGCCUUCAGGAGUCUCAGCAACAAACUGUCAAGCUUUCCCACCUUCACAGCAGUGUGAAACAGAUCUAAUAUGCCACUUGAAUUGAUAAAAGAAGUCCAAGGCAUCCCAGAAGUUGAACCUCUCAGUAAAUUGCAGAAAGUAGAUUUCAGCGCCCUACAGCCAGGUUCUGAUUAUUGCCAGUCAUAUAUACAGGGAAAACUUGCAUCUAUUUCUUCUUUAAAUUAUGAUGAAAACAAAAGAGCUGUUUUGAAAAUUAGUCUACAAGAACAAGAAAGUCCAAAUUCAGAAACCGAUACCAUCAAUGUGUUGUUUAUUGGGAAAUUAGCAAAGGACUGUGCAAAAGUUUUUUAUGAAGGGGACACCGUUGCAAUAGCUGGAUUUAUUGUUUCAUCACCAUCUUCCUCAACAAGCCAAGGUGAAAAACAUAACUUAGUUUUGAAAGCAUUUGAGGACUUGCAGUCAACUGUUUAUGUAUUUAUUAAAUCUGUAAGAGAUUUUUCUGCAGAAUCAAUGUCCUUGAUUCCAGCGACACAUUAUGUAUAUACACCAUUAAAUCAACUUAAGAGUGGUAUGAUUGUCAACGUUUAUGGUGUUGUGAAGUUUUUUAAGCCUCCAUAUCUAAGUAAAGGAACUGAUUAUUGCUCAGUUAUAACAAUUGUGGACCAGACAAAUGUAAGGUUAACCUGCCUGCUCUUUAGUGGAAAUUAUGAAACCCUUCCAAUAGUUUAUAAAAAUGGAGAUAUUGUUCGUUUUCACAGAUUGAAGAUCCAAAUAUACAAAAAUGAGGCUCAGGGUAUCACCAGCUCUGGCUUUGCAUCCUUGACAUUUGAGGGAACUUUGGGAGCACCCAUCAUACCUCGCACUUCAAGCAGAUAUUUUAACUUUACCACAGAAGACCACAAAAUGGUUGAAGCCUUACGGGUUUGGGCAUCUACUCAUAUUUCACCUUCUUCGACUCUAGUCAAAUUGUGUGAUGUUCAGCCAAUGCAGUAUUUUGACCUGACUUGUCAGCUCUUGGCCAAAGCAGAAGUGGAUGGAGCAUCAUUUCUUCUAAAGGUAUGGGAUGGCACUAGGACACCAUUCCCGUCUUGGAGAGUCUCAAUACAAGAUCUUGUUCUUCAGGGGGAUUUGAAUCAUGUCCACAAACUGCAGAAUCUGACAAUUGACAUUGUGGUCUAUGAUAACCAUGUCCAAGUGGCAAAAGCUCUGAAGGUUGGAAGCUUUAUUAGGAUUUAUAGCCUCCAUACAAAACUUCAGUCAGUGAAUUCAGAGAACCAGGCCACAUUGUUAGCCCUGGAGUUUCAUCUCCAUGGAGGUACCAGUUAUGGUCGGGGAAUCAGAGUCCUCCAAGAAACUAACUCUGAUGUAGACCAGCUAAAAAAGGUUUUAGAAUCUGUAGAUCUGACAGCCACUCAGUGUUCAGAUGUGAUCCUUCAAUCAGAACUUGAAGACAGCUUUCCAACGGUUUCAAGUUCUGGCUCAGUUUCACUGUAUGAGGUUGAAAGAUGUCAACAACUGUCAGCAACAAUCCUUACAGAUCAUCAGUAUUUGGAGAAAACUCCUAUAUGUGCUAUUUUGAAACAGAAAGCUCCUCAGCAGUAUCGCAUCCGAGCAAAACUGAGGUCAUAUAAGCCCAGAAGACUCUUUCAGUCAGUUAAACUUUAUUGUCCUAAAUGCCGUUCACUGCAAGAAGUUCCAAGUGCGGAUGAUUUGGAUAUAAUUUUACAAGAGGGUGCAACUAAAACCCCAGAUGCCAAGCUACAAAAUACGUCAUUAUAUGACUCAAAAGUCUGGAGCACUACAGAUCAAGGCCAACGAAAAGUAGCUGUCCAUUUUAUUAAAAAUAGUGGUAUUCUCCCACUUUCAAAUGACUGUCUAAUUUUAGUUGAAGGAGGUACACUCAGUGAAAUCCACAAACUCUCAAAAACAUUUCAUAGUGUAAUUCCUGUGAAAUCUGGUCUGGAAGACCUGGAAGUCCUCAACCUUUCAGCACCAUUCCUUAUACAAGCAAAAAUACAUCACUAUGGAUGUAAACAGUGUUCUAGUUUGAAACCAAUACAAAAUCUAAGUUCCCUGGCCGAUAAAGUUUCAUGGAUUCCCUCUUCUGUGGCAGAAGCACUGGGUAUUGUGCCCCUCCAACACGUAUUUGUGAUGACAUUCACUCUUGAUGAUGGAACAGGUGUAUUGGAAGCCUAUCUCAUGGAUUCUGACAAAUUCUUUCAAAUUCCGGCAUCAGAAGUCCUAAUUGAUGAUGACUUUCAGCAAACUGUGGAUAUGAUUAUGGAUAUGUUUUGUCCCCCCAAAAUAAAAAUUGAUGCAUAUCCGUGGUUAGAAUGCUUCAUCAAGUCAUACAAUGUCACAAGUGGAACAGAACAACAAAUUUGCUAUCAGAUUUUUGACACCACAGUUGCAGAAGAUCUUAUCUAAUAUUCAACUCAACAUAUAAAGAACAUUGCACGCACUGACAUUCUUUAUAUAUACCAGAGCACUGUUCAGCUCUGGCUUAUGGUGGUGCAAGGAUUGAACCUGGGACUUCAGAGCCUUGGGCCUGAGAGUCUCUUUGCAUAGCCAUAUUGCUAUUUACUCCCUCAGAAUAUUGUAAUUUCAAAAUUAUGAGCAUACUGUAUUCUGUGAGUUUGCUGUAAGGCUUGUACAGGAUUUGUUUUUAGUGUUAAAACUUUAGUGUUAAAACUUUUUGACAAAUGGACUUUGUGUUAUCAUAAUGGCUGCUGUCAGUUCAAAAUGUUCCUUUUGCUCACAAUACUCAGUAUGAUGACUUGAAAGCUAUAAACAAAAAUACGUUGAAUAAACAAUGACUUGUUUCCAUUUAUUUUUUGUAGUCCUUUCAAGAAACUGUGUUGUUACCCUGCACUGAAAAUCACUUUCGCUACUGGUUGUUACAUGUUUCCCAUCUCUAUCUUCUUAGCCCUGGCUAAGUUGCUUUAACUGAUCUGUUUUGUUGUUGUUGUUGUUUAUGGAAAUACUCAUUGUAGCUUGAAAAUUGAUUUAAGAAAUGUUCUAACUUUAAAUCAUUCAAUCUUUACUGAGUGGAGAUUUCAAGCAGAUAGUAGUUUGGUUUUGUUUUUGUACAAGAGUAUGGUUAAAGAGCCAUUUCUUAAGAUACCUGUCUAAAAGAGCUAUAGUGUAUUUAAAAGUGAUUUACUUUAAGUGGUAGUGACAGAAUUGCUCUCCUUAGGUUCUGAUAUUGACUGAUUUAGGAUAGAUCCAUUUUUUCAAGCCUGAAUUAUAUGUUUUGAUUGCUUAUUCCUCUGCAUGUUAAUAGUUAUUCCAUUCUACUUCAUCCUAAUAAAGUGAUCAAUUUUACAAUGUUA